AUGGCCCCACAUUUGGGACACGAUGAGUUCUUCAAAUCUCUCACCGAUCUACUCUCCAAAACAUCUCAGCAAGUCCACGGCUCGGUAUAUCUCACUCAAAAAGCUCUCAUAAAUGUGCCCGGUGCCACUACCACAAACUCCCAACCAUCUAUCCUCAUCCGAGCCACUGAUGGAAACACCAAUGCGCCGAACCUCAAAGAAAGCAAGGAAAGCAGAGCCUCAAAAGACAAGUCUCAGAAAAUCAAGCUCUCGACCAUCGUCAGCCCUGAUGACAUUGAGGCGUUCUACGUUCGCUAUGCCGAUGUGUGCAAGGCAGGAAUGUCCGGGUUGAAGAAGAGAGAUCGCCGAGCCCGUAAGGCUAAGACCAAGGGCGGAGCUGCUAAGGUCACGAAACCAUAA